GCUGGGCAGCGGCCGCAGCAGCGCCGGGAGGAGGAGCGGCACGUUGUGGAGGCGAAGCCAACGAAGCGAACGAAGGCAGGCGGAGCGGGAGAGGAGGAGGCGGCCGGAGCUGGGGCCGCUGCGGCAAAUUCUGUGGGAGGGGGUGGAAUCCGUCGAGGCGAUUCCAAGUUGCGAGCGCUGGGUAGGCCCCGCGGAGCAUGGCAAGCGAAAAGCGGCCCGGAAUGUGCAGCGCGACGCGAUGCUACACGAAGCUGAUGGUUUGCGCGCGGUCGCGCAGCGCUGAUUGCUGUCGCUGCUGCUGCUGCGAGUGCGAGUGACGAGGGGCGAGAGGACCGCGGAGCUGCACGAGUGCGGAAUUUCUAUUUUCUGCUCUGGGCUCCUGGACCCGUGGAGGCGACCAGGAAGCAUUUGCAGGCGCUAGAAAUUGUUGGACGAUUGAGCAAUGCGGAGUGUUUUCGAGCUGGAGAGUCGUGGGUGGUGACGAGGAGGUGAGUUGAGGCAGGCGUCAGCGAGGGAGCGAGCGAGGGAGGUGGCGGUGGGCGAGAUAGAGUAAGAGAGUGAGUGAGGGAGAGAGAGGGUAAAGGAGCGGAGAGCAGGGAAGCGAAGCUCGGGUUUUCUUCGAGAGCGAGUGAACGAAGCAUGAGGAGACGCUGCUGCGGCCGCUGCUGCUGUGGACGUGGGAGGACUGGAGUCAGGAAUUGGUAGCACCUUGAAGAUUGCGAAAGCAGAGGCAGACAUUUCGAGCUUUCAUGGUGUGGAGAAGAAAUGGUUUCUUCAGUGUUCCUGACGAAAGUUGUGGCGGCGACGGUAGCAGCAGCGGAUGCGAGGCGUUUACGGUUGGGAUAUGCAGACACAAUCUUUGGGAGCUUAGGAGGAGGUGGUGGAAUAGUGGUUUUUGUUACGAAAAAAUGAGAGUCAGGCGCAGGUUAGGCAUUUGAUUGUGCCUCCAUCCUCCGUCUGUUCGGUGCGGGUUCUUCGCCUCAGCGUUUAGCGAGGUGUUUGUUGUUCUUGGGGCGAGGAACAAACAGGGCAGGGAGGGAAUGCCACAGAAGGAGGCGCAAUCGGGUAAUGGGAGGAGCUACAGCGUAUGCUCUUGGCCUGAUCUUGGUAUGCCUUUGCAGCCUUGUAGGAAAUGGUAGUAGGGUAUUAGCUCAGGAUGCAGUCCCCGCUGCAGGAUCCCUGCAGACAGACUUGUCUGCUCUCUCAGCAUUCCAGAGAUCGGUGACUGAUAAGAAUGGCGCCCUCGUCAGCUGGAAUAGCAAUAACAUCUCUGCCCCGUGUAAUUGGAGGGGCAUCAGCUGCACGCGUGGGAGAGUCUCGGAAGUUGAGCUCCCUGCACUCGGUCUUAGUGGGCCAUUACCAGAUGAGCUCGGCCUCCUGGGAGAUCUUCGCAGACUCAGUUUGCACUCGAACCAUUUCAGUGGUCGGAUUCCAUCGUCAUUGAGCAAUCUCACCAAUUUACGUGCCCUGUAUCUGCACGAAAACGCGCUGACCGGUACGAUCCCUUUGGAGCUCGGUAAUCUUCGGAAUCUGCAGGUCUUGAAUCUUGCGAGCAAUGGACUCGUCGGCAUCAUUCCAAGUCAGAUUGGAAACCUUAUAUCGCUUCGGUCUCUCGAUCUCUCGUUCAAUGCCUUGUAUGGGGACCUACCAAGUUCUCUGGGCGCUUGUGCGAAUUUGACAGUGAUGUUCAUGACCGAGAAUGGUUUGACCGGACCCAUUCCUAAAGAGUACGGCUCUCUCGAAAGUCUGCAAACACUGGGUCUGAGCAGCAACAACCUGUCAGGUUUUUUACCUACGGAGCUGGGCAACCUUCAAACUUUGCAGGUGCUGGAUCUCAGCAGCAAUGGACUACAGGGUUCCAUCCCCGUAUCUUUGUGGACCCUAAGCAACCUCCAGUAUUUGGAUAUUCACUCCAACAAAUUAACGGGGAGUCUUCCGAACGAUGUGGGCAACUUACUUUCACUUCAGAAGCUGAAUCUGGAUGACAAUCUCCUGUCUGGUGAUAUACCUGACGUUUUCGAUCGUCUGAAGCAACUCCAGGAGUGGAAUGUCACAGGUAAUCAAUUUUCCGGAGGGAUACCUGCGUCUCUCAGCGGAAGCACAGGGUUACGGACAUUAAGAUUGGACCGCAACCAGCUCUCCGGCAUUAUUCCAACAUCUCUGAACCAGCUCACCCAGUUGGAGGUGCUCACGGUGUCCAAUAACUUCCUCUCCGGUCCCAUCCCUUCAACCAUCACGGGACUUACUAAUCUUAGGUCGCUUGAUCUCAGUCACAACAACUUGACGGGGACGAUACCAUCGGGGAUAGGUUCUUUAAGUGGGUUAACCUCCAUUUCUUUAGCCGCCAACAAUCUCGAUGGAGGAAUUCCUCAAGAGUUUUCUCAACUUUCGAAUUUGCAAGUUUUAGAUCUUCACUCGAACAGCUUCACGGGAGUCAUUUGGCCAUCCUUGGGUUCUCUUCAGCAGUUGCAGGUCUUGGAUCUCAGUUCGAACGGUCUUUCUGGAUCCAUUCCUCCGGAGCUGGGAAAGUGUACAAAUUUACAGACGUUGCAGCUCGGAAAUCAAUUCCUGACAGGAGUUCUUCCCAGCAGCCUUGCGACGCUCAGCAAUUUGCAGAUCCUCAACAUCUCCACCAACUAUUUGAACGGCAGCAUACCUCCAGGUUUAGGUUCCCUGUCGGGUCUUCAUACGCUUGAUCUCCAUGAGAACACGCUGGAAGGCAAUAUACCGGCGGAGUUGGGUUCCCUUCAGCAGGUGAAGUUUCUUUCUCUUGCCGAUAAUCUUUUGAUCGGAGAGAUUCCCAUGGAGUUCGGUAACCUAUACAAUGUCCAGGUGCUCGACCUGAGCAAGAACCAACUUGUAGGAAAUGUGACUUCGGAGCUGUGGAGAUGUUCGAGCAUCGUCACCCUCGACCUUGACGACAAUCAACUAGUGGGUCCAAUUCCACCCGGCAUCUCCCAGCUGCAGAAUUUAGAGGGUCUGUAUCUUCAAAUGAAUGAUUUGGGUGGCGAGAUUCCAUCUGAAUUGGGAAAUGUGACUACUUUGACUUCACUCGAUCUCUCCCAGAACAAUUUUAGCGGCGGAAUCCCCGUUACAUUGGGGGGUUUGAUUGACUUGCAGAUGUUGAACUUGUCAGACAACCAGCUGAAGGGAUCCAUUCCUCCUGAGCUUGCCAGCAGGUUCAAUGCUAGUUCGUUCCAAGGAAACCCAUCGUUGUGUGGCAGGCCUUUAGAAAAUUCCGGCCUCUGUCCUUCAAGUGACAGCAAUUCUGCACCAAGUCCAUCGAAUAAGGACGGCGGUGGUGGUCUCGGCACGGGUGCCAUAGUGGGCAUUGCUGUGGGUUGCGGAGGGAUCGGACUAAUUCUCUUGGCAAUUUAUGCGCUGGGAGUGGUCUUCUUCAUCAGGGGCGACAGGAGGCAAGAAAGCGAAGCGGUUCCAUUCGGCGACCACAAGCUGAUCAUGUUCCAAAGUCCGAUCACCUUCGCGAAUGUGUUGGAAGCCACGGGUCAGUUCGACGAAGAGCACGUGCUCAACAGAACGCGAUACGGGAUCGUGUUCAAGGCAUUUUUACAGGACGGAUCGGUGCUUUCCGUGAGGAGACUGCCGGAUGGGGUCGUGGAAGAGAACCUCUUCAGACACGAAGCGGAGGCUUUAGGAAGAGUCAAACACCGCAAUCUGACUGUGUUGCGCGGUUACUACGUCAGCGGGGAUGUCAAGCUUCUGAUCUACGACUACAUGCCAAAUGGAAACCUCGCCGCCCUCUUACAGGAAGCGUCUCAUCAAGAUGGGCAUGUUUUAAACUGGCCCAUGAGACACUUGAUAGCACUCGGAGUCGCCCGAGGACUGUCUUUCCUGCACACUCAGUGCACCCCCGCGAUCAUUCACGGAGAUGUCAAACCUAGCAAUGUACAGUUCGACGCAGAUUUUGAAGCACAUUUAUCAGAUUUCGGCCUCGAUAGGUUGGCCGUCACGCCCUUGGACCCUUCUUCCUCGUCCACUGCUGUGGGUUCUCUGGGCUAUGUCUCGCCUGAAGCCGUCGUAUCGGGGCAAGUGACCCGCGAAUCCGAUGUCUACGGUUUCGGCAUUGUGUUACUAGAGCUCCUGACCGGCAGAAGGCCGGUGGUAUUCACACAGGACGAGGAUAUUGUAAAGUGGGUGAAGCGGCAGCUGCAGAGUGGACAGAUCCAAGAGCUCUUCGACCCCAGCCUGCUGGAGCUGGACCCGGAAUCAUCCGAGUGGGAGGAGUUUUUGCUUGCCGUCAAAGUGGCUCUGCUGUGCACGGCUCCCGACCCCUUAGAUCGACCUUCCAUGACGGAAGUGGUGUUCAUGCUCGAGGGUUGUAGGGUCGGCCCCGAUGUACCGACGUCCUCAUCUGAUCCCACAUCCCGCACUUCGCCAGCAUAACGGAUCACGUAGUCGCUCUUGACCAUGCACAUUUUGCAAACACGAACAGCCCCCACAUUUCGGCCUGUCUUGUCUCCUCUUCGUGGGUCCGCCCGACCGUGCAGUCAUCAUCCGAACUGCGACUGAAGCACGGAAGGUGAGGGUAAGGAGGAAGUCAGCGGUGUGUGGUUACAGUAGUGGUGACUCGGAUGUGACCUAUCCAAUUUGUGUACACCGCAACACAGGGCUGUUUUUGUCCCCGGCCUAGAUUUCUCCGUACAUGGUACCGAAGAUCAGAUCAUUGUAAGUGCGAUGAAGCUAGCUGCCCAUUGUUGUUAGAAAGAGCCAAUUUUUUCCUGAAUAAACUUAUCGAUUUUUUGCACGCAAUGUGCUCACUACAUA